CGACACCGGCCGCGGCUCGCCUCCACGCGCCGGCUCGGAAGAGGGGCUGUCGGCGGCGCAGCAGAGCGGCUCGCCUCGGCGCUCGAGCCGCCGACAGCCCCACUCCUCGACGUGACGGCCGCUCCCGGAGCCAGCCGGUGCGCGCCCGACCCACGCCCCCUCUCGCACCCCUCCGACCCCCCCUGCGCGGCGCACCCGCCCGCUGUGCGCCGGCUCGAGCGCCUAUCGCCAAAUCGCGACGUUUGA